AUGUUGAAAUACUUGACUUUUUUGGCACUUUUCGGGACCAUCGCCGCCGAAGUCGUCAAAUUUAAGCCAUGUGAAAAUUCGCCGAUCUGCACGGUCAACGAAGUACGGUUCAUUCCGUGUAAGGAUCCGUCCAUGUGCAAAUUGAAGAAGGGAUCUCUAUACUCACUAUCAUACGACUUUACACCCAAUGUAACAUUAGAUAAGUUAAGAGCUGGCUUCUUCUGGGCGAGCGAGACUGCGGAUGUGCCGUUCCCAGAAAUGCACAACGCCGAUGCCUGUCAAUACACUAAGUGUCCGAUAGAGGACGGUAAACAGCAAACGUUCGAGUACAGCUUACGACUUGGAAAGAAGUUGCCUAGAGGUCAAUUUACUUUUAAACUAAAACUUUGGGAUGAGACAGACGAGACAAAAGCCUGCUGCUUCAUGACUACAGUUGCAAUAACCAAGUAA